AUGGUGUCAGGCCAUGAAAACAUUGUGGAUUUCUAUGGGGCUUAUUACCAUCAGGCCCCACGGACACCAUCACUCCCUGAAGGACUAUGGAUUGCUACUGAGUUCAUCACUGGUGCCACUCUACAAGAUCUCAUUGGCACCAGAAAGACCUUAGGAGAAAGGUGGAUCUCCUAUAUCUGUAAACAAAUCACCACGGGCCUUUUCCACCUACAAAAGAAGAAUGUCAUCCACCAUGACAUUAAGCCCGGAAACAUCCUGAUCACCUCAUUGGGAGAGGUGAAGAUCGGCGAAUUUGGAUUCGCCACAUUUGGACGGAAGAGCAGCAGUACUUCUGGGACUAUAACAUACUCGGCCCCAGAAGUACUAGCUAAUUUUGGCAACAACAAGCUCGAGUAUGACCAUAAGGCUGACAUCUGGUCACUCGGCAUUGCAGCCAUUGAAAUGGCGGAGGGAGAUCUCUCAUUCAGCAAACUUCCACAACAGAAGCUGAUUGAGAAGGUAACACGCGGUCCCACGCCAUCAUUAACACCAUGGGGAAAAUGGUGAGUCUCUUUCACUAGAAUUGGAAAAGACAGUGAGGGGGUGGUGGGGAAAUGGAAA